UGAACUUGGUGCGACUCCCUUCAGUCCCACCAAGACCGGUGGUGACAAAACGCAUCAAUAUUAGCUGGAGCCGACUAUUGGUCAUGAUGAACAUGAGAGGUGAUUGGUGGGUUAUGCGGUCUCUUUAUGAGCUGAUGAUCAUCCUUGAAUUCGUGCGUGUAGUACUAGUAGUAGCUUGAAUAUCCUCCUUGACUUAUCCUCGCUGCUUUGUCAACAAUGGACACCAUGUCCGCGACACACGCAGAUCCCACAUCCCUAGACCUUAUGUUCCCUCAAGAGCUCAGUUUCAGCACAACUUCCUUCCGACCUUCAGACUACAAACACGGACAUGUCGAUGCCCCUUCCGUUCUAUUCAUUGUCAAUGACCUCGGUGAGGUAGCAUGUGUCAACCAGUUCCAUGCCAUGCGCGCAUACUUCUCCUUCGUCGGAGUAAGCACCGUCUUCAUCGAGCGCAAGUUCCCGGCGGUGUCGGUCACAUUGAGGAUAUCACCGUCGACAAAAGCCAGCAGGACAAGAAGCUUGGCCCUCAUAUCAUCCAGGCUAUCCCACAUAUCAGUGAGAGAGGACUCUAACCAUCGUACCGAGACAACUCCCUCAAAGCUUUUAUCAACCCUGAUUGAGUUCCUUUGGAACCGGCCUCUUUUUCAACAGUCUAUCGCAUGGCGUUCACCAGUCGCACGAAAAUUCUAAAUUGAUAAUGAGUUGUAAGUACUGGAGGUUGCCUGUUCAGGGUGAUGAUUGCAUCGCGAGAGGCCUGACUUGCGAUAAGAACGAUGAUAGGUCCGUCAUGAGCGGCAUCUUGAAGUUCGGAGAAUAAAGAGGGAAGCGAAAGAAGAAGAAGCCCUC